GGCGGCGGCGGCAGGCGGCAGGCGGCGGCGGAAGAGCCAGCAGCUCAGCCACCCCGCUUCUCUCCCUCUCCCUCCUCCGCCCUUUCCCCGCCGCCUUGCCGCCGCUCCCCCUGCCGCCGCCGUCGCCCUGGGGCCGGGCGGGCGGCCGGGGAAUCGCGGCGCUUGGAUGCCGGGAGCCCGCGGCAGAGACCCAGCCCCGAGCCCGCCAUGGGCUGCUGCGGGAGCGCCGCCUCUCAGAGCUCCAAGCGAGAGUGGAAGCCCCUGGAGGAUCGGAGCUGCACAGAUAUCCCAUGGCUGUUGCUGUUCAUUCUCUUUUGCGUCGGCAUGGGUCUUAUUUGCGGCUUUUCAAUAGCUACCGGAGCAGCUGCAAGAUUGGUUUCAGGAUAUGAUAGUUACGGAAAUAUCUGUGGACAGAAGAAUAUAAAAAUAGAUGGAAUAGACAACAGUGGCUUAGACCUCACAAAAAAGAAGUAUGUGUUCUUUUUGGAGCCAUGCAAUGUAGAUCUGGUGAAACGGAAGAUCAAGUCCAUUGCUCUCUGUGUAUCAGCAUGCCCACGGAACGAGUUGAAAACCCUGGCUGAUGUUCAGAAUUUUGCAGAGACUAAUGGCUCUACUUUGUGUAGUUAUGAACUAAAGCCAUCUGAAUACACUACAGAUCCAAGGGCUGCCAAGCUUUGCCCCAAGCUCCCAGUUCCAGAGAGUGCACCUAUUCCAUUCUUCCAUCGCUGUGCUCCUGUGAACAUUUCCUGCUAUGCCAAGUUUGCAGAGGCCCUGAUCACCUUUGUCAGUGACAGUAGUGUCUUGCACAGGCUGAUUAGUGGAGUAAUGACCUGCAGAGAGAUUAUAUUGGGACUUUGCUUGUUAUCACUAGUACUUUCCAUGAUUAUGAUGGUGAUAAUAAGAUACAUUUCAAGAGUACUUGUUUGGAUUUUAACAAUUCUUGUUGUUCUGGGAUCACUUGGUGGUACAGGAAUAUUGUGGUGGUUGUAUGCCAAGCAGCGGAAGUCUCCUAGCGAUACUCUUACAGUUGAUCAGCUUCAAAUAGCCAAAGACAAUCGUCAGGCCCUUCUGAUCUAUGCCAUUGCAGCUACGGUCUUCACGGUUAUCUUACUGUUGAUAAUGUUAGUUAUGCGCAAGCGAGUAUCUCUCACCAUUGCCUUGUUCCACGUGGCUGGCAAGGUCUUCAUUCACCUGCCACUACUCGUCUUCCAGCCAUUUUGGACAUUUUUUGCCCUCAUGCUCUUCUGGAUCUACUGGAUCGCGGUCUUGCUCUUCCUAGGUACCACAGGUAGCCCUGUCAAAAACGACCAGGGCUUUGUAGAGUUCCACGUUGCAGGCCCACUGAGGUACAUGUGGUGGUAUCACGUCGUGGGGUUAGUUUGGAUCAGUGAAUUCAUCCUUGCCUGUCAACAGAUGACUGUAGCAGGAGCCGUUGUGACAUAUUAUUUUACAAGAGAAAAACGGAAUCUGCCAUUCACACCUAUUCUGGCGUCUGUCAAUCGCUUGAUCUGUUACCACCUAGGAACUGUGGCUAAAGGGUCUUUCAUUAUUACCUUAGUGAAGAUUCCACGAAUGAUACUCAUGUAUAUUCAUACCCAAGUCAAAGGAAAAGAAAAUGCCUGCGCUAGAUGUAUGUUGAAAGCCUGCAUUUGCUGCCUUUGGUGUUUAGAAAAGUGCCUGACUUACCUAAAUCAGAAUGCAUAUACAGCCACAGCUAUCAACAGCACUAACUUCUGCACCUCAGCAAAGGAUGCCUUUGUGAUACUAGUGGAGAACGCUCUGCGAGUGGCUGCCAUAAACACAGUGGGAGACUUCAUGCUCUUUCUAGGAAAGGUUCUAAUAGUGUGCUGCACAGGCCUGGCAGGGAUCAUGCUGCUGAACUACCAACGAGACUACACAGUGUGGGUGCUGCCGCUCAUCAUUGUCUGCCUGUUUGCAUUCUUGGUCGCUCACUGCUUCCUAUCCAUUUAUGAAAUGGUCGUGGAUGUCCUCUUCUUAUGUUUUGCCAUUGACACCAAGUAUAAUGAUGGCAGCCCUGGGAAGGAGUUCUACAUGGAUAAAGUUCUUAUGGAAUUUGUGGAGAACAGCAGAAGAGCAAUGAAGGAAGCUGGCAGGGGAGGUGGAGCCGAAGGCAGGGAGCUCAAACCAAUGGCCUCUGGAGCAAGUUCAUCUUGAAGCUGGUCAGCCAUUAUGGAAACCAUCAACAUUCCAAAACAAUAUCUAUCUUAUCUUAUCUUAUCUAUCUCUCUAUAUAUAUCUAUAUAAAUAUAUAUAUAUAUUAUUUAAAAAGCAGCCAAAAUCAGAGAAAAGGAACAGGGAUUUAAUACUUUUUUAAUGAUUAUUUUUGUGAAACAUGUACUCUUUUCAUACGGGUGGCUUUUACAAGCAACUUUUAUCAUUGUUCCAUUUCAAAUUCUAAACCAUUGUGGUUUGUGGCAGUGCUAUGAUUGUAAUCCGAUUGAGAUAUUUCACAAGUUGGAGAAGGAUUCCAUAAUAUUUUAAAAGAAUCGUGUAAGAUUGUCGAUUUGGAAUAACGUAAGUGGGUCAAGUAAUUUUCCCUCGUGGUUAUUUUAAUGAGCAUAAAUCUUUAAAACUCAAUGGAUAAUGACUGUUCUGGAGGGGGAAAUCCUUCAUAGAUUUUUUUU